UCGCUGAUAGAGGUGAAGAACACGUCGGAGGUUCUGGAGGUGGUAGGCAAGAUGACUCAGCUGGAGUCUCUAGAGCUGGGGGAUAUGAUCAAUGUGACAGAGACACAUGUGAUACAGGGCUUCUCACAGCUCACUAAGCUCAAACGGCUUCGUCUCGAAAAGGGACAACAGGACUGCCCCACAAAUGCCAUCAUACAUACCAUCAGCAAGUUACCAUGUCUGAACCAUCUGGAGUUGAUCAACUUUGAUAUCAAGGAAGGUUUUGAUGCAUCCUUGAACAAAUGUUCCAACAUUAGUAAACUGCUCUUGGUCCCCACCUAUACAUCACAGGUAGCAGCCACCUUCAGCCUGGUGCUGGAGGGUGUAAGUAGUCUGAACAAAACACUGAAAGAUUUUGUCUUGGUGGUAACACUAGAGCUGCUUAAAUUCACAAACUUUGUUAUGAUCGACGAACGGAACCAUCUGGUCCUGAACAACACAGCAGGCAAUAGUCUAACUCAAACUCCACAGAAGACUUCAGUAGAUUAUAUCCCGAUCCUGAGGCCUACCAAGAUGGGAUUUGUGCCGGAAAUGUUGCUACUGCCACAGCUGUACGAUAUGCUGACCAUCCUGCUACCCAAUACCAAUAUCUUAAUUCGGAAAGCUCCUUUCAAUGUCACAUGGCAACUGACCAUUUAUGAUUCAAAUCAGUGACUUUCUUAGACAAUCAGUUAUCCAUUGAUUUUUUGCUAGACACUUUUUUUAGUUUCAAAAAACAAGAUUAAUAGUAGGUAAAAAAUUUUGAAAAAAGUUAAAUAUUUUAAAUUUAUUUUAUUGUUAUAAACAUUUGACUAAGUUUCUCUUUGCAAUAAUUUAAUAAAAGUUUCCAUAUUGUUUUUUGCAAAGUUUAAUUAGUUUAGUUUUUUUAGAUUUCCACUGAAAGUUUCAGAAAUUGGCUAUCAUGAUCUCACAGUUCUUAAUAAACCAAAUAUUUUUAUUUAUUAUCUUUUAAUGGUUGUUAUAACAUUUUCAUCAUCAUACAGGUUGAUGUUGAAACCGUUACUCUAGUCAGAAAAUCCACCAAAUAAUACACUACUGGACUUUUCAAAAUAUUUUUAAAUUCUUAACUUCAGAUGAAAAUGAAUUAACUAUAUUAAUAGUUCCUCCAGUGGAGGAGGCUGUGUACGACGACCCGUGAUAACGGAAACGUCAGAUGAUGAUGAUGAUGAUGAUAUUAAUAGUAAAGUCUUUUCCAGCAAUAACAUAAUUUUCCUUUCUUAUUAAUAAUUCUAAAAUAACAUUUAGCCUAUUUAAAAAUUCUAAAUCGUGCAAUUGUGGUUUCCUAUAGACACCUGCCAAAAUAAUUGUCUUUUUAUUCAAACACUUUUUACAAGCGGAUUCUUUCGUUCACUUGGUCAUUACAUUCAGUAGUUCAUUUUGUUCGAUCAACACGAAGACCGGUAUAACAUGCUCUAGUGGAAAGGCUCAGUAACUCUGUACCGGUUCAACUGAACGAAUCGCAGCAGUGAAGUGACCGACUGAGCCGGGGAUCAAAAUCAGGUGAUCCAAUAAAGCAAAUGGUUUUACUUUUGGGGCUAGUUGUGUUAUUAAUGAAUGCCGAUUAGUGGUCGUAGUAAAAAACAUUUAGUUUACUGAUUUUUAUAUUUUUCAAUAUUAUAUUUCUUAGAAAGAUUAUACUUACUUAGCUGAUACUGUCAAAAUUCUACUGUAUUUUUUCAACAAAAAUUGUCUAAAACACAUACAAAAUUAGUUGCGUGUUAAAACAUGUUUUAUAGGUGACCUACCUAUAAAAAUAAAAUAACGAACUUUCAAUCCUUUGGCGGUGAACUUCAGAUAUACCGGAAGUUAUGCAAUAACCUAUUUAAUUUAUUUUGUAACAUAUAUUAAUGAAAUGUCCACAAAAACUGUAAGUACACAACCAAAUCAAAGAAAUGUUGCAUUUUAAAUAAUAUAUGAUUUGAAGUUUGUAUUUCUUAAUGUUUCAUUUUACACACUAGAAUAUGUUGUAUGUACCUAUAUCAAUUCUACAAAUAAAAUAUUAAUAAAUUGUUACAAAAUAUUAUAAAGUACAUGUUAGGCUAAUAUUAAAAUAAACACAAGAACUUCAUGUAAACACUAAAAUGCCUUUACCACCAAAUGUAGUCAUAAUUAUGGAUAGUUAAAUAAUUUAAGACCACAGUAAAGAAUUGAAUUUUUAUAAA